AUGGAUCUGUCGCCAUCCGCGGCGACCGAGUCCAGUCCGCGGCCUGGAGGGGUGCAGGUAGGUACUUUAGUCUCUGGUGUCUUGUGGGGAUGCGGCCUUUAACCCGGGUUGUUGAGUCUCGGCGCUAAACGGGCUCUUGUGUCGGUCUUUAUUUUCUGGGUGGACUACAGUUCCCAGAAAGCAGCGCGGACCUUUCUCCCUAGUCUACAUAUAAGAGGAGGAAUGGGGGAUACUGGGAGUUGUAGUUUAGCUGUUUCUUUAUAUGCUGGUUUUCCAUUUACAAUCCUCUGCUGCGUUUUCGAGCCUGUUUUCCCCUUGGGAUAGAUCUGGCGUUAGGAAAAUGCAUUCUUUCUCAGCUGUAGACUGGAAUGCACGUGGUGUGGACUAGAAACUUGACUCUUUUGGAAAAAUGAGGGCCAGGGGUGCUUAGAAACAGCGUUUUCGUUUUUUAAAAAAGUCAUUUUUAUUGAUUUUCCAAUCAAAAACAUCCAAUUAAUAUAUCCAAUCAUAACACUCCAAUUAAAAUAAAAAACACCAAAUUAUAGUCCAAAUUAUAUUUAUUAAUUUUUCGGAGCUCCCCACGGUUUGGGGAGCAAAUCUGCACAUCUUAGUCCUGCUUCUCCUCGUGGUUUCAGAAACAGCCUUUUUGAAUCUGCUUUUACUUUUAUUUUUCUGUGCGUUCUCCCAAUGCCCUGGAAGGAAGAUUGUGGUUAAUCACGAAGUUCUCCUUCCAUUUUGUACUGUGGUCUUGGACCCAAAGCCUUGCAUUGCAUUCACCCGUGAUCUUUCCAAUUCCUCUCCUUUUUUAGAAAAUAUUUUUGUUAGUUUUUUAACAUAUCAUUUUCAACAAUUAUUAAACAUACUUUUAUAUCUUGUUCAAUUUUUUUUACCUCAGUCACAUCUGAAAAUGUUCCAAUCUUUUCCACUUAAUUUACAUUUCAUACUUCCACUAUUACAUUUAAAUAUCAUAACUAAUAUCUCUCUCUUCUUUGCAAUAUUUCAUAUAUUCUUCCUUACAAAACUUCUUGUAGUCCUACUAGCGUAGGUCCUGCUUGCUGGAGGUGUCCGAUUGGCUGCUGCGACGACAAAAUGGUGGAGCGGAGGAGCCUUUGUCCUGAUCCAUUAAGUCCUUUGGGAGCUGGAGAAACUUAACGCUACCUUGGAGAGGUAACAAAGAGUUUCUCUGAAAAGAUCUAGAAACAACAAUCCCUGCAGCACAUCUCAGGAUAGCGGACAGAAAAAGUUGUAGUUCAAGAACAUCGUAUGAGCUUCGAAGCGAUUCUGUUACUUAGUUUAUUCUUUGUUAUAUCGCCGCAACACAUUGGUCUUUGACUGUGGCCGCACCGUAUGUUUAAAGCACAUGACUCCCCCCAGAGAAUCCUGGGAACUGUAGUUCUGUGGUGGGGUGAACUAUAGUUCCCACAGUUCUUUUGGGGGGGAAGCCAUGCGCUUUAAAUGCAGGCAUGUAUGUAGUCUUACACGCUGUGGGUUUUGCUACCCUAGUUUAACACCAUUAGCAGCACUGUUAGAAACUUGGAUAUUCAACGGAUGACUCCUGAAGUGAUACGAUACGAUAUCUUUAUUGUCAUUGUCCCAUACAGAACAAUGAAAUUGAAAAAUCUACAUAAGACAUUCAAAAAACCUAAAAACUCUGAAACCCCAUUUUAAACUACAAUAUACUCCUAUAGAGACUCCUUAUACCGUUCUGCGUUUAAAACCAGAAUUGCAUUUGGGUAGAAACUGUUUCUCAGACGGCUAGUCCUAGUCUUUAUAACCCUGGACCUUCUUCCAGAAGGCAGAAGCUGAAAGAGAUCAUUUCCGGGGUGCGCACUAUCCUGCGCUAUCUCUGCAGCUUUCUUAUGGCACCUGGAAGCGUAGAUUUGAUCUAAGGUGGGAAGAGUGCACCCAAUUAUUCUCUCUGCAGUCUUUAAAACCCUGAACGGCAUUGUUUUUCCCCUGACCGUGCGACUCCCAAAACACACAGACCAUACGUUAAUACACUCUCCACAGUACAAUGGUAAAAUGCCAUCAGCAGGUCCUUUGAGAGAUUGUUACGAGCCCCACAACAGACCGUCUAGUCGCUCUUUUUUCCAGUCGCACUAUUUGUGUCCCCCCCCCAAAAAUGCAAGAACUAAUAGACAAUUCGCAUCAGGGACACGUCGUUAAUAUCACAUUUCUAAUAACAAUUCUUCAUCAGAUACCACAAACAAAAGGGGCUUAGCCCCUGCGAUAGUGGCCAAAACCAUAAUAGUUGCAGAUACCUCUGUGUGUGUGUGUGUAUGUAAAGUGUUGUACUAGAUUUGAACUUGCAUGUCUGGGGUGGGGAAGGGAGGCAAAGCAGCAAACUUACCCGACUCGGGAGCUGGGCUGGAAGACAUUUUUUCUCCUGAGCCUCCGGCACCAAGCAAUGUUAACCCUGAAUCUCAGUCACAUACAUGGUAACCGAUUUUAUGAACUGAUUUUAUAAUGAAUUGAUUUUAGAAUGCUGUAUUAUUUUACUGUUGUUAGCCGCUCUGAGCCCGGCUUCGGCUGGGGAGGGCGGGAUAUAAAUAAAAUUUUAUUAUUAUUAUUAUUAUUAUUAUUAACCGGACUUCUCAAAUUGCUCGCAAUUGGACCAUUCCCAGUCACAAAUGCACCUGUCUUCUGCCUGAUAUUAGACGCUGCUUAGCAGAAAACAGUACAGUCAUAUUUCGGGUUACAGAUGCUUUAGGUUGCGUGCUUUCGGGUUGCGCACCGCACCAAACCCAGAAGUACUGGACGGGUUACUUCCGGGUUUCGGCGCUUGCGCAUGUGCAGAACCACUAAAUUGUGCUAUGCGCAGAAGUGCUGAAUCGCGACCCGCACAUGCGCAGACGCGGCGCUGCGGGUUGCGAAUGUGCCUCUUGCACGGAUCACGUUCCCAACCCGAGCGUCCGCUGUACUAGGCCAGAGAGAGAGACAUGCACGGUGCACAUCAUAACCGUCCAUUGUUGGUGCAUUUGAUCCAGAACUUCCAUUUCUUACCCUCCGGUGCAAAGGAUAGAGACCUCGAAAGCAAAGAUCGGGCUGCACUCGUAAGACAACCUUUCCCAACCUAUUGUCCCACCAGAAGAUGUUGAUCUCCAAUGCCCAUGAGUUCAAGUCAGCGCCACUCAGUAGGUCUAGACAAUGUGGUCUUGCUGGUGGGAGUCCAGCGUCCUCUGAGUGGCGAAAUGUUGGGGAGGUUGUUGUAGCAAGAUUGUGGGCCUUUCACUUUAGGAGGGUUGUGUGCUGCUGAGAUCUUCCCCUGCCUGUUGCACUAGGUCUAAAUAGUAACACAACGAAAAGGGGGCAUUUAUUUAUUUCGUAAAAUUCAUACACUGCUUGCUGGAUUUGUUAAAACCCGAACCCUCAAAGUGGUUUACAAAAAAAUAAAGCAAUGAAAUACAGUUGUACCUUGGAAGUCGAACAGAAUCCAUUCCAGAAGUCCGUUCGACUUGCAAAACGUUCAACUUCCAAAGCGCGGCUUCUGAUUCAGUCGGAAGCCCCGUCGGAUGUUCAGCUUCCAAAAGAACGUUCAAAAACCAAAACGCUCACUUCCAGUUUGCGAUCGUUUGGGAGCCAGAACGUUCGACUCCUGAGGCGUUCGGGAACCGAGGUAGGACUGUAAUAAGAAUUAGUAACAAUAAUUGAAGACUUUGGCAAAGUUAAAAGAAGAACAGUAGGCUAGAAACAGAUUAAAACUCGCACCAGCUUUCUAAACACAGGAAUAGGGAAUGCUGAACCAUUCUAUAUUAUUUUUGUCCCCCUCCCCUUUGCAGAUUCUCUUUGUGAUGAUGUCAUUUAGAGAGGAACUUGGCUAAGAAGACUGCGAUGUUCCGCAUGCGUACAAGAAAAUCCAGUUAGGCUUCCUGACGAAGGUGCCAGGCUGUAAGUCUCCUGCUCGAAAUGGUUCUGAAAUAUGGGCCGCCCGUUUCUCCUCGCAAGCCUUCCAGCAUGGCUGGGUCUGCGCUGUGACCCUGAUCAUUCCUGCAGUGCUUGCCAGAGCAGUUGUGAGAUGGUUUGAGGCCUCCCUCUGCCCCAACUUCGGAGGGAGGUUAUAGAAAUCUCGGCCAAGCCCUUUCCUGGGAGGCAGCUGAGUUGCAGGCUUCCCGUUUCACUCCUCACCCCUGGUCUCCCAGAACCAAGAGAGGCGUGAAGAGGGCAGCGGAGAAGUUAGCUUUGUGCAGGCGCAGUCUCUGAUUGCUUGGGGAAAACCCUGGAGAGGAGGGGAAUUUGUGGUGAGGCAGGGACCUUCAGUUUCCUGCAGCUGCUUCAUGGAGGCAAGACUGCCAGAGAUGAGUCGCUGUGCUCACUAGGCACUCUUGUGCGGAUCCUGGUUUCGGUAAUAAAAAGUUAAUAGUAAAUAGUAACGCAACGAAAAGGAAGCAUUUAUUUAUUUCAUAAAAUUCAUACAUUGCUUGCUUGGAAAAAACCCCGAACCCUCAAAGUGAUUUUCAAAAAUAAUGCAAUGAAAUACAGUCGUACCUCAGAAGUCGAACAGAAUCCGUUCUGGAAGUCCGUUUGACUUGCAAAACGUUCAACUUCCAAAGCGCGGCUUCUGAUUCAGUCGGAAGCCCCGUCGGAUGUUCAGCUUCCAAAAGAACGUUCAAAAACCAAAACGCUCACUUCCAGUUUGCGAUCGUUUGGGAGCCAGAACGUUUGACUCCUGAGGCGUUCGGGAGCCGAGGUAGGACUGUAAUAAGAACUAGUAACAAUAAUUUAAGACUUUGGCAAAGUUAAAAGAAGAACAGUAGGCUAGAAACAGAUUAAAACUCGCACCAGCUUUCUAAACACAGGAGUAGGGAAUGCUGAACCAUUCUAUAUUAUUUUUGUCCCCCUCCCCUUUGCAGAUUCUCUUUGUGAUGAUGUCAUUUAGAGAGGAACUUGGCUAAGAAGACUGCGAUGUUCCGCAUGCUUACAAGAAAAUCCAGUUGGGCUUCCUGACGAAGGUGCCAGGCUGUAAGUCUCCUGCUCGAAAUGGUUCUGAAAUAUGGGCCGCCCAUUUCUCCUCGCAAGCCUUCCAGCAUGGCUGGGUCUGCGCUGUGACCCUGAUCAUUCCUGCAGUGCUUGCCAGAGCAGUUGUGAGAUGGUUUGAGGCCUCCCUCUGCCCCAACUUCGGAGGGAGGUUAUAGAAAUCUCGGCCAAGCCCUUUCCUGGCAGGCUGCUGUGUUGCAGGCUUCCUGUUUCACUCCUCACCCCUGGUCUCCCAGAACCAAUAGAGGUGUGAAGAGGGCAGAGGAGAAGUUAGCUUUGUGCAGGCGUAGUCUCCGAUUUCUUGGGGAAAACCCUGGAGUGGAGGGGAAUUAGGCAGAUGUGGUGAGGCAAUUAAAAAGUUAACUCCAACUUGCUCAGUAUUAUUUACUGCUGUUGCGCUCCUGUCAGAAGGGGAGGGAGUUAAAAAGGAAAUUGAUAGCUUUCUCUGUCUCUUUAGUUCAGGAUGUGAGCUCGGAUCACGUUGGAUCCAGCAGUGCCGAGUGAAGUGGAUCCUUCCGUAGUGACCUUCUCAGACCACACCGCCUGGCAAUUAACCCACCUGACGGACUUGAGUCCCAGUUCCGAACAGUGUUUCAGCUCCGCGAAAGGUGAACAAUUCACUCUUGGGACUCGGCUAGAUUGGUAAAGGAAAACCGUUUUAUAUGCGAUACAACACCGUGGCACCAGAUGACGCUGUGGCGUUCUGUUUUUGCCAACCUGAUUUCUCCUUGUAAAAGUCAUUUUUUCUGAAACCCUUUUUUGAUGUGUCUAAAUCCCGCCUUGGCUUGAGUCUUUUCAAAGUUUGAGAACUCGUUCAGGCUGUAGUAUACAAAUUUAAUAAAUAAUCCUUGAUCUCUGGGGCUUUUCAGUGGCAGCUUGCGUUGGUCUGACUGCAACUGUCCAGUCUCCCAAGAUGGUGCAAGAUUUCCCAGUUAAAAAAGUGUUGUAAACAAUAAAAAUGUGCCCUUAUUCCCUUAUGGGGGACACAAGAGCCCUUAUAGAGUCCUUUGCAGGUUCUCCAUUGGUCGAAGAAAAGAACAGAGGCCAACCAGAGAAUAUUGAGAAGCAAAGCAGCUCGUAAGCCUGAUCUUUAUUGAUCUGUUGCAACAGGGUGCUCCCCUCUCACACAGGAAAGGAGAAGGACCUCGAACAGUGGCGCGCAAGGCCUUAUAUAGACAUUUGAAAUUCCCUGCCCUGGAGCUCAUGACCACCCCUUCAUACAUCAUACAUACAUCACAGAAGGGGUGUAACCCAACCCCCCCCCGAUACAUCAUACCUACAUCACGGAAAAGGUGAUCUACAACAGAAAUUUGAAUGCUGUUGUUUUUCCUGUCUGCCAGGUUAUCUGAUAAUGCCUUAUUUGGUUGCCUUUCCUGGUAGUCUUUUCCUGGUACAGUGGUACCUUGGGUUAAGUACUUAAUUCGUUCCGGAGGUCCGUUCUUAACCUGAAACUGUUCUUAACCUGAAGCACCACUUUAGCUAAUGGGGCCUCCUGCUGCUGCCAUGCCACUGGAGCACGAUUUCUGUUCUCAUCCUGAAGCAAAGUUCUUAACCUGAAGCACUAUUUCUGGGUUAGCGGAGUCUGUGACCUGAAGCGUAUGUAACCCGAGGUACCACUGUAGUCUGUCACCCUUUGAAAUGGUGAUGACUAAAUUCCUGUGACAAGGAAGGUUUUUCCCCACCGUGUUUGCUUGGUACAUUUAUGAGCAUUUAUUAUAUAUCUAGAAUCAUAGAGUUGGAAGAGACCACAAGGGCCAUCGAGUCCAACCCCCUGCCAAGCAGGAAACACCGUCAUAGAAUCAUAGAGUUGGAAGAGACCACAAGGGCCAUUGAGUCCAACCCCCUGCCAAGCAGGAAACGAGACCUUAAAAUUCUUAUUACAAAAGCUUGAAGCUUCUGCAUCUGUAUAUCAAGGCUGGUGGACCUCUGCCUUUCCAGAUAUGUUUGCACUACAUAUCCCAGCAUCCCUGAGCAGUGGCCAUGUUGUCUGGGGGCUGAUGGGAGUUUGACAGCAGCUGGAGGACCUUUGCUUGGUCAGCCCUAGCCCAAGGCAGAUGGGGAUUCUUCACGCCAGAAGAAUACUGACCUAACAGCAGCUCUUGGGACAGAGGUUGUGUGCCUGUCUUUGCCUUCUCAUUCUUCUCCUCCCGCAAGCCUUCCAGCGUGGCUCGGUCAUACCCGUGACCCUGAUCAUUCCUGCAGCGCUUGCAAGAGCAAAUCUGUGACGUUUGAGGCCUCCCUCUGCUCUGUCUUCGGGGUGAGGUUAUAGAAAUCUCAGACAAGCGUUUCCCAGGAGAAUCGGGUGCCAAAGAAGGCUCAGCUGCUGCAGUGAGAACAGGGCAAGCUGAGGGCACUGAGACUUUUAAAACCAUCUUGGAGUCAGUCUUAAGGGGUCUCGUCAGCCGCAGGGCUGUCUAAUCUGGAAAUCUGUUGCCAGUGGAAAUGAAAACGAGUUCAUACAUCUCUUUCAAAAAGCAAACUAGCAAAACCCUUUUUGUUUUGAACGGGUGCUUUUGUCGGACGAGAGAAUCUUCCUUUAGUUGCUGUCCUGGGUGCAUUCAUUUGAACCGAGUGGAAUUUGCUUCUGAGUAGGGAGUGCAUCUGCUCAGACUUUGCGUUUGGUUUGGAGAGGCUUGGGUCGACAGUCAUUUCAGAGGGGUGUCAAAAUCGAGGACUCCUGAGAUCCUGAAUGGGGUAACUGUGCCCCUGAAGGACCAGGUGCGCAGCCUGGGAGUCAUUCUGGACUCAUAGCUGUCCAUGGAGGCGCAGGUAAAGUCUGUGUCCAGGGCAGCAGUCUACCAGCUCCAUCUGGUACGCAGGAUGAGACCCUCCCUGCCUGCAGACUGUCUCACCAGAGUGGUGCGUGCUCUGGUUAUCUCCCACUUGGGCUACUGCAAUGCGCUCUAUGUGGAGCUACCUUUGAAGGUGACCCGGAAACUACAACUAAUCCAAAAUGCGGGAGCUAGACUGGUGACUGGGAGCGGCCGCCAAGACCACAUAACACCGGUCUUGAAAGAUCUACACUGGCUCCCAGUCCUUUUCCGAGCACAAUUCAAAGUGUUGGUGCUGACCUUUCAAGCCCUAAACAGCCUCGGAGGUGGAGCGUCUCCACCUCCAUCGUUCUCCCCGGAUGCUGAGGUCCAGCUCCGAGAGCCUUCUGGUGGUUCCCUCACUGCGAGAAGCCAAGUUACAGGGAACCAGGCAGAGGGCCUUCUCGGUAGUGGCACCCGCCCUGUGAAACGCCCUCCCACCAGAUGUCAAAGAGAAAAACAACUACCAGAUUUUUAGAAGACAUCUGAAGGCAGCCCUGUUUAGGGAAGAUUUUAAUGUUUAAUAGACUAUUGUAUUGUAAUAUUCUGUUGGAAGCCGCCCAGAGUGGCUGGGGAAUCCCACCCAGAUGGACAGGGUAUAAAUUAUUAUUAUUAGAGUGACCUUUCUCAGCUAGAUCUUUCAGAUUUUAAAGCUCCUGCCUGUUUUGUCUUCCAGAUCCCUGGAGAAAGAGGUGCUGAGCAGAGCAGUGCAGCUGCUAGGAUAA